CAUUGAACUUCCAAAAGUGUUGCUGUCUGAAGAGGAGUGUUAGUCCUGUUUUCUAUGAAGACACAGCCCUGGGUAUCAAAACUGAACAGUGUGCAACAGUUACCUGGCACUUGGUCUCAAUCCAACUGCAUCAAACAGAGACUUGAGAAAAGAUAUUGAAUCCUGUGGCAGCGGAAACACCCAAGAAUGCCAGUCAAGAAGAAAGAUACUGACCGAGCUUUAUCAUUGCUAGAAGAAUAUUGCAAAAAGUUAAGAAAACCAGAGGAACAGCUGUUGAAAAAUGCUGUCAAAAAGGUGAUGAGUAUUUUCAAGAGCAGCUUAUUCCAAGCUUUGUUGGAUAUUCAAGAGUUUUAUGAGGUGACAUUACUAAAUUCUCAAAAGAGUUGUGAGCAAAAGAUUGAAGAAGCCAAUCAAGUUGUACAGAAGUGGGAGAAGACAUCCAUUCUUGCUCCAUGUUAUGAUGGUGUUCAAAACUCUCCAGAGCACGUGUUGAUUUUUGGUUGCAGUGGACCAAAGGAACAUGUUUCCUGUGUUGAACAAAAUAAUGAAAAUCAGUGCUUUGAGAGUGAAACUGAUGAAAAGACAAGUAAGUAUCGAUAUCAAGAUGAGGAUGCUCCACACGAUCAUUCCUUACCUCGGCUAACUCAUGAAGUAAGAGGGCCAGAACUUGUGCAUGUAUCGGAAAAGAACCUAUCUCAAAUAGAAAAUGUCCACGGAUACGUUUUGCAGUCACACAUUUCUCCUCUGAAGGCCAGUCCUGCUCCUAUAAUUGUCAACACUGAUACUUUGGACACAAUUCCUUAUGUCAAUGGGACAGAAAUUGAAUAUGAAUUUGAAGAAAUUACACUGGAGAGGGGGAAUUCUGGCCUGGGAUUCAGUAUUGCUGGAGGGACAGAUAACCCCCACAUUGGAGAUGACCCUGGCAUAUUUAUUACGAAGAUUAUACCAGGAGGUGCUGCAGCUGAGGAUGGCAGACUCAGGGUCAAUGAUUGUAUCCUGCGGGUGAAUGAGGUCGAUGUGUCUGAGGUUUCCCACAGUAAAGCGGUGGAGGCCCUCAAGGAAGCAGGCUCCAUUGUCCGGCUGUAUGUGCGUAGAAGACGGCCCAUUUUGGAGACAGUUGUGGAAAUCAAGCUCUUCAAAGGACCUAAAGGCUUAGGCUUCAGUAUUGCAGGAGGCGUGGGGAACCAGCACAUUCCUGGCGACAAUAGUAUUUAUGUAACAAAAAUUAUAGAUGGUGGAGCUGCACAAAAGGAUGGGAGGUUACAAGUAGGAGACAGACUUCUGAUGGUAAACAACUAUAGUUUAGAAGAAGUAACACAUGAAGAGGCAGUAGCAAUUCUGAAGAAUACAUCUGAUGUAGUCUAUCUAAAAGUUGGCAAACCCACCACCAUUUACAUGACUGAUCCUUAUGGUCCACCUGAUAUUACUCACUCUUAUUCUCCACCAAUGGAAAACCAUCUACUUUCUGGCAACAAUGGCACUUUAGAAUACAAAACUUCCCUGCCACCCAUCUCUCCAGGAAGGUACUCGCCAAUUGCAAAGCACAUGCUUGUUGAAGAUGACUACACCAGGCCUCCGGAACCAGUUUACAGCACUGUGAACAAACUGUGUGAUAAGCCUGCUUCUCCCAGGCACUAUUCCCCUGUUGAGUGUGACAAAAGCUUCCUCCUCUCAGCUCCCUAUCCCCACUACCACCUAGGCCUGCUCCCUGACUCUGAGAUGACCAGUCAUUCCCAACACAGCACUGCAACCCGUCAGCCUUCAGUGACUCUUCAACGGGCCAUCUCCCUCGAAGGGGAACCCCGCAAGGUGGUCCUGCACAAAGGCUCUACUGGCCUGGGCUUCAACAUUGUGGGUGGGGAAGAUGGAGAAGGUAUUUUUGUAUCCUUCAUUCUGGCCGGGGGACCAGCAGACCUGAGUGGGGAACUCCAGAGAGGAGACCAGAUCCUAUCGGUAAAUGGCAUUGAUCUUCGUGGAGCAUCUCAUGAGCAGGCAGCUGCCGCACUAAAGGGGGCUGGACAGACAGUGACGAUCAUAGCACAAUAUCAACCUGAAGAUUACGCUCGAUUUGAGGCUAAAAUCCAUGACCUACGAGAGCAGAUGAUGAACCACAGCAUGAGUUCCGGUUCCGGGUCCCUGCGAACCAAUCAGAAGCGUUCACUCUAUGUCAGAGCAAUGUUUGACUACGACAAGAGCAAGGACAGUGGGCUGCCAAGUCAAGGACUUAGUUUUAAGUAUGGAGAUAUUCUCCACGUCAUUAACGCCUCCGACGAUGAGUGGUGGCAAGCCAGGAGAGUCACACUGGAGGGAGACAGUGAGGAGAUGGGUGUUAUCCCCAGCAAACGGAGGGUGGAAAGAAAAGAGCGUGCCCGAUUGAAGACAGUGAAGUUUAAUGCGAAGCCUGGAGUGAUUGAUUCCAAAGGGGACAUCCCCGGAUUAGGUGACGACGGUUAUGGAACAAAGACUCUGAGAGGACAAGAAGACCUCAUUCUUUCCUAUGAGCCUGUCACAAGGCAGGAAAUAAACUAUACUCGGCCAGUGAUUAUUCUGGGCCCCAUGAAGGAUCGAAUCAACGAUGACUUGAUAUCUGAAUUCCCUGACAAAUUUGGCUCCUGUGUGCCUCAUACUACAAGGCCAAAGCGUGACUACGAGGUGGACGGGAGAGACUAUCACUUUGUCAUCUCCAGAGAACAAAUGGAGAAAGAUAUCCAAGAGCACAAAUUUAUAGAAGCUGGGCAGUACAAUGACAAUUUAUAUGGAACUAGUGUGCAGUCUGUGAGAUUUGUAGCUGAGAGGGGCAAACACUGUAUACUUGAUGUAUCAGGAAAUGCCAUCAAGCGGUUACAAGUUGCCCAGCUCUAUCCCAUUGCUAUUUUCAUAAAGCCCAAGUCUCUGGAACCUCUGAUGGAAAUGAACAAGCGUCUAACAGAAGAACAAGCCAAGAAAACCUAUGAUAGAGCAAUUAAGCUGGAACAAGAAUUUGGAGAAUAUUUUACAGCUAUUGUCCAAGGAGACACCCUAGAAGAUAUAUAUAACCAAUGCAAGCUUGUUAUUGAAGAACAAUCUGGGCCUUUCAUCUGGAUUCCCUCAAAGGAGAAGUUAUAAAUUAGCUACUACGCCUCUGAUAACAACAGAAGAACAUUUAGAAGAACAAAAUAUAUAUAAUAUACUACUUGGAGGCUUUUAUGUUUUUGUUGCAUUUAUGUUUUUGCAGUCAAUGUGAAUUCUUAUGAAUGUACAACACAAACUGUGCGAAGCCAUGAAGGAAACGGAGGGGCCAAAGGGUGGGACAGAAAAGACAUUGCAGUAUGCAGGAAGGCUUUGGUUUGUUCAAAGUACCAGGUGUAGGGAUGAACCUCUGAUGGGCUUUCUGCCCAAGGGAUGGGAAACCUCCUCACCCCAGCAGAUGUCUAGAGCUGAUUUAGCUGCUGAGCUCUCUGUGUUUUUUUGCUUUAAAGAAAAGUUGCCAGCACUCGAACCUCACCAACCUUCCCAUUACCCACAUCUGUAAUGAGUACACUUCGAAUUUUAUAACUAUGCACAUCUUUUGAUUUCUUAACAAGCAAAAGAGAUAAAGAAGGGGGAAAAAAGCAAGGAGUCCCUUUGGAAAUGCUGUGCUAUCAGGGAAAGCUAAUUUGUACAGUUUCUUUGACUGACAUCUGCAAAGACGAGCAUUGCAUAAAAUUCCGAAGUGUAACCUCACCGAGAAGAGGGGAUUCACCUGGGAUUAGCUUUAUGAUUGUUGAUUGUCUAUUUUGCCAUUUAUAAGCUGAAAGACAGCACUAAAGAUGAGAAUAAUUUAUACAAUAAAAAUAUAUUAAAUGUAUAGAAACAAAUUUCUAUAGGUUACAAAAGAAGUUUUGUGAAAUAUUUUGUAAAGACUAAUUGAAAGACUAAAUGUAUGCACUAUCAGAGGAUCAAAUUCAAGAACUGAAAGUUGCACUCUCCCUUUUGUUGCCAAUGAUUCAUUCAGAGCACCCGAGUUCUUUCUGAGUCUGACAAAGACUUCUCCCUCACUUACCUCCCAUGGUCUCUCUUGCGCACUAGUGAUACACAUUUAUGGAGCAUAUCCCUUAAUGAGUGGACAUUUUUGGAGGACAUUUGUUAAUACCAAAUGUCCAGUUUUUCCAGCUGAUGGCUUUUUAGAGACAAACUCAUGCAAAGGACCUACGAGGACCUUUUGCUUUUCUUUAGUAAAAUAACCCGGGCCUACCGUGAAAAUAGUAGAAUAACUUUGUUCCUAGUCACUUGCAUACAAUUCUUAAAGGGCCAGUUAGUAUUCUGGCUAAUCAUGAGUCAAUGGAAUUAUUUUAUUGUUUCACAGAGUUAUUAAGUCUUAUAACAGCUGAAGUUCAUAUUACAUGGGGAGAUCUGUCCGAA